UGCACUUAAAACCCUAGGCAGAACUUUGCUUUUCACUCCCCUCUGCUCCUCCAACUUCUCCCUCAGCCGCCCCAUUCCCCUGUCCCCUCAACCCGAACCCCCAAAAUGGGUCGUGUGAUCCGAGCUCAACGUAAGGGAAGAUGCUCCGUCUUCAAAUCCCACACCCACCACCGCAAGGGCCCCGCCCGCUUCCGUUCUCUGGACUUCGGCGAGCGCAACGGCUACUUGAAAGGAGUCGUCACCGAAGUCCUUCACGACCCGGGUCGCGGUGCCCCGUUAGCCCGUGUCAGUUUCCGCCACCCUUUCCGUUACCAGCAACAGAAGGAGUUGUUUGUUGCCGCCGAAGGAAUGUUUACUGGGCAAUUCGUUUACUGCGGGAAGAAAGCUACUUUGAUGGUCGGAAAUGUUUUGCCCCUCAGAUCCAUCCCUGAAGGAGCUGUGGUUUGCAACGUGGAGCAUAAGAUGGGUGACCGUGGUGUCUUUGCUAGAGCCUCUGGUGAUUAUGCUAUCGUUAUCAGUCACAACCCUGAUAACGGAACCACUAGGAUCAAGCUUCCAUCUGGAGCUAAGAAGAUUGUGCCCAGUGGGUGCCGUGCUAUGAUUGGUCAGGUUGCUGGAGGUGGACGUACUGAGAAGCCCCUUCUUAAGGCUGGUAAUGCUUACCACAAGUACCGCGUGAAGAGGAACUGCUGGCCUAAGGUUCGUGGUGUUGCUAUGAAUCCUGUGGAACAUCCUCAUGGUGGUGGUAACCAUCAACAUAUUGGUCAUGCUAGCACAGUUCGCCGUGAUGCACCACCUGGUCAAAAGGUUGGUCUUAUUGCCGCACGUAGGACUGGUCGUCUCCGAGGUCAAGCUGCCGCUACAGCUGCCAAAGCUGAUAAGGCUUAAGCGAAUUAAAGGAUGCAGAGAUUUUUAUUUUUGUUAUCAUUUUCCGUUGUGUUGUGUUCUAGAGAGACUUGCCUAUUCAGUUCAGAUGUUGACAUUGUCAUUGCAAGAGUAUAGCACUAAAUUUUGGUUGGAUCUUUGGUUAUGAUUUUUGUUUCAGCGGUUCUUAUUAGAUGAAUGUUCCAUAUUUGGUUCAAUUUGUUGGCUUAA